AUGAAGUGUAAUGGUUUAUCUCCGUGUGCUUAUUGCCAAACCAAAGAGUUGAUAUGCAAGUACUCAAAUGUUGAUGGAAGAUCGCUAAAAUCAAAAGUGUAUCUAGAGAAUUUACGAAGAAGUCAAAGUGAAGAAGGAAGUGGAGCUUUAAGGGAAAAUUCUAUAAGUCAUGGAGAAAAAGCUGGUGGUGCUGAGCAACUGCAACAACAUCAACAACAUCAACAACAUCAACAACACCAACAGCACCAGUACCACGAACAGCAUCAUCAGCAUCAUCAAUAUCCACCAAAUCGACGGGAAUCUUUACCAAAUUCUUCCUCGCUUUCAACAUCUCCAGGACUUCACCAGCCAGUACCAUUGGUACCCCAACCUCAACCUCAUCCACGAGCUCUGCUGAUGGAGAUGCUGAUACUGGUCUCGACAGCAGAAUCGCUGCAUCAGGGAGUAUCACCUCAUACACUUCCGCCCCCGUCAAAAAAUGCGCGGACGCCUGGGCUGCCAUCAUUGUCACUCAGCAUUAUAUGUGAAAACUUGCAAGCUGCAUUGACCAAUGAUAACGAUGUUAGUUUAAGUUCUAGUAGAGAUUCUAAUAAAGUCUCUGGUGCUGAUAAUGACAAUAAUAAGGAUGAGGAUAAUAAUGACAAUAAUACUAUGGACAACAAUAACAACAACAGCGGCGGCAGAGGCAGAGGCAGUAGUAAUAGUAGUGGUGGUAGUAGUGGUGGUGAAAGCAACGAGUCCAAAAACUCGGAAUCAAAGGAAGGUCUAUCAAACCAAAAUGGACGGCAUACACGGAUCUUGACCACCAAGACAGGAAAUUUGAGAUUUUUUGGUGAAAGUAGUGCAUUAUCGUUGCUCAGUGAAUGCAGAGCAUUGUUUCGGGACGUUGCAGGUUCAAGUAUGUUCACAGAUGACCCUGAUCAAGGCUUCAUUAGUGAUGAGAGUGUGGAUUAUAGAUACCCUCCAACACCUGUGCAACUUCCCAAAAAGACCGAUGCGUUUAUCUUGAUUGACUUGUUCAAAACAAAUAUCAAUGAUGCGUUUUAUGUGAUCAAUAUGAAGUACUUUAAUAAGCAUGUUUUCGAACGCAUUUAUGCUGACCCCAUAAAUGCAAGCACGAAAAAGAUGUGCCUUUUGUAUAUGGUAUUUGCACUUGGAAGACUAUUUUCACAAUGUUCGCCGCAUAUAAGCCUAAAUUUGCCUGACCUGGAUAUUUUUUUCAAUCUGGCAGAGGCCCUAUUCAGAAGCAAUAUUUUUGAUGGAAGAUUAUGGAUUUGUGAAAUUAAUCUUUUGCAAUAUUUCUAUUUCCAAUCUUGUUGCAAUCGAUCAAACGCGUGGAUCCAAUUAGGCACUGCUAUUAGGGUUGCACAGGCUUUAGGCUUGCAUAGACGAUGCAUCAAUGAGAGUAUUGCCGAUGCUGAGAUUCGGAAUCACAGAAGAAGGCUCUGGAGAAGUCUUUAUGUUUGUGAUUGCGUCAGUAGUGUAAACUUGGGCCGUCCGUUAAUGAUCAACGACUAUGACUACGAUGACUACAACUUUACAAUUGAAGAUGCUCAUUUGGAUGAGGUCGAGAAGAUUAGAAUCAUUGCACAAAAGGCAACUUCUGAUAGUGCUAUGAUCAAUGUGAGAAUUGUGGAGAACAUCUUUAGAGAUGGAUUGAUCAAUAUCAAGCGUGCACACGCUUUAGCGUUGGAAUUAAAGAAAUGGUCUGUGAGACUACCAAAGGAACUUCAACUAAGCGCCGCUUUGGAGAGCCAAAUGGAGUCAGGAACCGAUCCCAACAAUUAUUUGUAUGUGUUUGUGCACAUUGGGCAACUUUAUGGAAUAAUGGCAUUAACGCGGCCAUUUUUGGUUUAUGUCGUUACGCGAAAACUCAAGCCUGAAACUAAACAACAAGUUAAAGACGAGCAAAGCUUGAUGAAUUUUUGUAAAGCGUGUAUCAAGGCAAGUUUUUUGGUGAUUAAAUUGUUGAAAUUUUUUGCUACUCACAAUCCGCAUAGAAAAGAAGUAUUUACUAUACAGUCAUCGUGUUUUUUUGCCUCGAUAAUUUUGGGGUUUACGUUGCUUGAGCAGAAACUGUCCUUGAAGCCCGAUGCUCAUUAUAUGGGCGUAUUACAGGAUGCAUUGAUAGAUGCAUACAAUAUUCUUUUCAACUACUCGUAUUUCAAUGUCACGUGCAAACGAUGGGCUAGAAAUUUAAAGAAUAUGAUAAAUGCAUUGAAUUCUUUGGACGAAUGCACAUCUGAACAGGGUUAUACUGUUGGUGGUUAUAAUUUAGGUGGCAGUGGCGAUGGUGGUAGUGGUGCAGAUGCAGAUGCAGAUGCAGGAAACUUUAAAGAUAGUGCUGUUCCAAUGACACCUGCGGGAGAGACUUUUAAUCAUGAAAUGAUCAGUUGGGGCAUGGAUAAUAAAGCCCUUGAAGAGAUUCUUAAUUUCCAACAGUUCUUUGUCCCCACGGUGUCACCUGGAUUUGAUCAUCUCCUAAGUCAGGGAAUAAACACAGGCUAUCGGAAUAAUCUCAGUCGACUUGGUGGUGCUGGUACCAGUGGUGGUUCUGGUGCUGGUGCCAGUGGUAGUGGUGGUGCCAGUGGUAGUGGUGGUGCCAGUGGUAGUAUUAAUAGUAGUAUUAGUGGAACUGCGCGACAUGGUAGUCAGCUGAGUGAUUUCUUGGAUGCUUUUAGAUAUGACACUAGUAAUCAUGUGGUCUUUGGUGAGCAAGAGGGGAAAAUCAUUUAA